AUGGACGCCAUCAAAUCCUCCGCCACCUCGCUCCUCUCGAGCGCAAACGAUGCUCUCCAGAGCGCACUCGCGUCGUCCAACCGCGCAGGGGCAGCAUCCAACCACGCGCAGAGCCUCGAAAAGGAGCUCGAAAUCAAACAGAUCCUCAUCCACCCCAUAAAGAGCUGCAGAGGAACCAGCGUACAGCAGACCGAGUACGAUCACUCCGGCCUCAAGUUCGACCGCACCUGGCUCAUCAUCGACGCAGAAACUCGCCGCUUCUACACGGCAAGGGAGCUCCCAAAGAUGGUCCUCAUCCAUCCCCGGAUCGACACUGAGCGCAACAUCCUCUCCAUCGAGAUCCCGCCCACCGAAACCGGUGCACCCGGCGCAACCAUCGAGACCACCCUCGAGCCCACCCAGCAGUGGCUCGACCAGUGCGAGCUCAUCGACGACAUCACCAUCUGGGUCCACAAGGUCAACGGGUACGCCGUCUCCCAGGAGGCAGACGAAAAGCUUUCGGCCUACUUUGGCAAGCCAGUCCGCCUCGUCCGAAAGGGCCCCUCGCCCAGACCCUCGGGCCCCACCGACGUCAACGGGCCCAAGGAAUGGCAGGAGUCGACGGUCCGCUACCAGGACUUUUACCCGUGCACCGUCGCCUCGGCCGCCUCGCUGCGACACGUCCAAAAGACUCUGGCCGCCUCGGUCUACCCGUCUCUCCAGCCUUCAUCGGAGCAGGGCACCGAGGCACAGGACAGCAGCGAGAGCCGAGACGUGCACAGCUACAAGGUGCCCGCAUCGGUCAACCGCGAAUACUGGACUCCCGAGGAGCUCGAGACGCUGCCCAUCACCCGCUUCCGGCCCAACAUCAUCGUCCACACGCUGCCCGGCAGCACGGGACCGGAGCUGGUGCCCUGGGAGGAGGACGGCUGGAAGGCGGCCGAGUUCUUCCACCCGUCCUCGGGCGACAAGCCGCCGAUGGGCGCCGAGGCCGAGGGCAAAGGUCGCGGGCUCUACAUCUUGGAAAAGUGCGCCCGGUGCAUGGUGCCCAACAUCGACCCCGAGACGGGCGUGCGCGACAACUUCCUGCCCUACCGCGUCCUGCAGCAGUACCGCCAGGUGGACCCCAAGAAUGCCGUCAAGGGCAAGCCGUGCUUUGGCAUGCUCUCGGUGCCCAGGGAGACGUCUGGCGUGCUACGCGUUGGCGACAUCAUGCGCAUCACCAAGACCGUCGACCCCUCGACGCGAUGA